CAUCCCCUACUCCCUCACUACUCCUUGGUGUGUUUUAUCUCAUGUCUGAAAAUUACCUUAAAAAGAAAUUAUAUAAACAAGACGAGAUGAAAAGAUUUUAUGAAACCUACUGACAUUAAUUACGUUUGAAAUCAUACACAAGAGACUAGAACUAAUGGGAGGAGAAAGAACCGUGAGCGAGUGAGUGAGUGAGUGACUUCGAAAUCAAGAAUCUCUCAUUAAAUCUCUUCGUCACGGAGCCUUUUAAGACCAGACAGGCACCUCUUGAAAAAUCAUCAGGAGACUAACCAAGACUUCUCUGUUUGUACUGUAGGUCCCUCUAGAGUCCACAAAUGGGGCGAGAAGGACCCGAGACUCACCAACAAGGCCCUGGAACUCCUGAUGGGGGUUGGGGCUGGGUGGUCGCUGGCGGGGUGUUCCUGAUAGCGUUGGUAGUGCCGAUGUUGUCUCCCUGCUUCGGCAUCCUCUUCUCCCGUCAGCUGAUGGACUGGCAAGUGUCCUCCACCAGCGUCGCCCUCAUCUACAGCGCCUUCAUGGUGGUGUGGAGGCUCACAGGAGUCGCCCUGGGCACCCUGACGCGGGAGUUUGGGUUCCGGCGGGUGGCCAUGACGGGGACGUUCCUCACUGCCACUGGCCUCAUCCUCAGCGCCUUCGCCAGAUCGCCCGAGGCCCUCUUUGUGUUCUUCUCGCUCGGCUGUGGUCUCGGUAGUGGGCUCUCGUGUGUAGGCUACCUCAUCCUGGCGCAGUACUUCCAGAAGCACCGCGGCCUGGCCAACACCUGUCUCAUGGCUGGCGCAGGACUCGGUCACUUCUUUAGCCCGUUGCUCAUCCGCUUUCUGCAGGAUAAAUACGGCUUUGUGGGCGCCACCAUGAUCCUUGGCGCCAUCAUUCUUCAUGGUUUCGUAGGAGCCACCUUGUUCCACCCAGUCGAGUGGCACGGGAGGUUCACCAAGAUGAAGAAACCUCUCAACGAUCCUGAUGUUGUUUCUACCCUCUUACCAAACACUCGCGUCCCAGAGAAUGGCCCAACUGCUUCCACUACUCAAGUUAAAGAGUACAAUUGGCCAACGUUGUUCGACUCAGGGUAUUUGCAACAAGUCAGCAGAGACCAGGAAGGAUUCAAUAUCCAAGUAAGUAUUCAUCCGCUACGUCUGCCGUGGACCUGGCCAGCCUGUCCUGUAACUCCGUGGCCGCUCAGGCAAACGAAGAAGCAACAUCCUCGCCUGGCAGACCUGUUGUUCAGGUGUGCCAUCGGUAUCUUCUACGGUCUGAACAACCUGCUCAUGACUGAAAUCGUUGGGCUCCACAACCUCACCUCCAUGUACGGCGCCAGGAACUUCCUCGGCGCUCUAGGUUUUUUCUCAAUCGUUCCUCUAAUUGGAUUACGUGACGUCAGUGGCAGCUACACCGUCAGCAUGUGGGUGUUAGCGGGCAUGAUCCUCACCAGCUUUGUGUUGUGGCUCUUCAUGCCGGCCGCCCAAGCUUACGACAACCGUCAUCGGGUCUCCUGCACCAACAUGAUCCCAAACAGCCCUAACCCAUCAACGGACAAGCCCAAUGAGCCUCCUUUCCAGGAUCAGCUGAAGGCCAGCCAAGAUCAUAAUGUGGGUGGUUCCAGGACUUCAGUUACCGAAGAAUAUCAUCUACAGGAGAGACAACAAAAACCAGAGAUGCAGCAAUUGCAAGAAGUACGGGAGGAGCCCGAGGUGCAGGAGGGUCCUCAGGCCCCCGACGGUGGCUGGGGCUGGAUGGUAGCUAUCGGAGCUUUCCUCAAUAUGCUGGUGAUACCUAUGCUGUCUCCGUCCUUCGGUAUCCUGUUUUCUAGCCAGCUGCUGGAAUGGCAAGCUUCCUCCACCACUGUAGCCAUUAUCUACAGCAGCUUCAUGGUCAUGUGGAAGUUGACCGGUGUAACUGUGGGCAGCUUAUGCAAGGAGUUUGGCUUCAGGCGGGUAGGAAUGACGGGCACACUCCUUACCUCCACCUGCCUCACGCUGUGUACCUUCGCCACUUCACCUGCGGUCAUCUUCAUAUUCUUCUCGCUUGGUUGUGGUAUGGGUGCUGGACUUUCUUGUGUAGGAUUCUUGAAUUUGGCACAGUACUUCGACAAGCACCGCGGUCUGGCCAACACCUUCCUCACUGCAGGUAUUGGGCUCGGACACUUCUCCAGUCCUCUUUUCAUCCACUACUUGCAAAAUGAAUAUGGCUUCAAGGGUGCCACCAUGAUUCUUGGUGCCCUCAUUCUUCAUGGCUUUGUAGGGGCGACUUUGUACCAACCAGUCAAGUGGCACCUGAAGUACCCACAAAAGAAGAAAACUCAGCCAGACCUUGAAGGAGUUUCUUUACUCUUGCCACAAACAGAAAAAUCUGAGAACACGAAUUUAGAAGGUGCUCGUUCAAAUGGUUCUGUUUCUAAAAUGGAUGAAAACCAGUGGUCAGUGUUGGUGACCCAAGAACACUUACGGAAGGUCAACAGAGAUCGCCACAUGAGCCAAUGCUCUUAUACAUCCAUGGCUUCCAGCAGAGUCUCGUCCAUUAGAAAGAGUGACGUGGACCUGGCCAGCCUGACUUCUAUUGGCUCCUUAGCAUCUUUAGCCAAUAUAAAGUUUCCAGAUACUGAUGAUCCUGCAAGAUCCUCACCAGAGAAGGGAAGUGACAGCUGUAUGAGUGAAAUCUGGGAGACUAUAAUACGGGUUCUACGCUCCAUUAUAAGUGACGUAGGCACUCUGAGGCAUCCCUCUUACUUGAUUAUAGCUUUAGCAACAAUGGCCAUCAUUGGUGGGCAGGCAAACUUCAACAUGAUAGUGCCUUUUGCCUUACAAACAGAAGGUCACUCACUGCAGACAGCUGCCUGGUAUCUAUCUGUGGCUGGUAUUUGCAACUUCCUGACCAGGCUGUGUUUGUCUCCUCUUUCUGACUUUUCCUGGUUCAACAUGAGACUUGUCUACCUGUGUGCCAUAUUUACCAUGGGUACCUCAAUCAUUGUUUUUACCUUCCAGACAGAAGUGGUGGGGCAGUUGGUAGUAAUGGGUGUGUGGGGGAGUGCACUAGGAUCCUUCCAUAGCCUUAGCAACCUGCAGAUGACCAGGAUUGUUGGGGUCCAAAACCUUACCUCCAUGUUUGGUGCGAGGAACUUCGUGAUGGCGUUUGGAUUUUUCACCAUAGGACCUUUGAUUGGUGUGAUCCGUGAUGCCAGCGGCAGCUACACCAUCACCAUGUGGGUCUUGUCAGGUAUGAUAUUCAUCAGCUUCAUCCUGUGGCUCUUUAUGCCAGCUGCCCAAGCCUAUGACCAGCACCAGAGAGCCAAGGAGGCUGAGGAGAAGGUUACUCCCGCUGUGUGACCUAACUGAGGCAAAUCUCUUCACAAUUUUUUAAAUUACAGUACUGUAACACGUUUACAUAUGAAGAGGUUAUGAAAUGCAAAAACUGACUUAGGUGACAACUUCUGACUGAUAAUGUUUAGUCAAGCAAAUAUCAUUAAAUUACAAAAAAAAAAUCACAAAUAUUUAUAUUUCUGUUGCAGACAAUUCAAACUACAGGUAUAUAUAUAUAUAUA